AUGGCGGAGUCUCAUCAUCAGCUUGUGAACGGUCUAUGGCAUGAGGAAGGGUUUUACCUGGUAUCCCUGACAGGGAAUCUCCUUGUUAUCGUCCUUGCACUGCUUGACCAUCACAUUCACACCCCCAUGUACUUCUUCCUGAUAAAUCUGUCUGUCUUAGACCUUGGAUCUAUCUCCCUCACUGUUCCCAAGUCCGUGGCCAACUCCCUGUUAAACACCAGGUCAAUUUCUUAUGCUGGAUGUAUUACCCAAGUCUUUCUCUUCAUCUUCUUCACUGCAGUUGACUUUGCUUUUCUCACCAUCAUGGCGUAUGACUCAUACGUCGCCAGCUGCCAACCACUGCACUAUGAGAUGACAAUGAACAGGAGAGCUUGUGUCCAAAUGGCAUCCAGUGCCUGGAUCACUGGAAUUCUCCUUUCUAUGCUGCACACUGGGAAUACGUUUGCAAUAACCUUCUGUGGAGGCAACAUGGUGGGUCAGUUCUACUGUGAAAUCCCCCAAAUACUCAAGCUGGCCUGCUCUGAUCUGUACCUUGGUGAAACUGUGGUUCUUUCCUUUAACCUAUUCUUAGGCUUAAGCUGCUUUGGUUUUAUAAUUGUGUCGUAUGUUCAGAUCUUCAAAACAGCGCUGAGAAUUCCCUCUGAGCAGGGUUGGCAUAAAGCCUUCUCCACCUGCCUUCCUCACCUCAUUGUGGUCUCCUUGUUAUUUUGCACUGCUGUUUUUGCUUACGUGAAGCCCACCUCCCACUGUCCAUCAGGUCUGGAUCUUGUGGUGAGUGUGCUUUAUUCCGUGGUACCUCCUCUGAUGAAUCCGAUCAUCUACAGCAUGAGGAACAAGGAGAUCAAAGGUGCCUGGAAGAAACUAACUGAACGGAGGUUAUUCACCAAAAAUAAGAUUUCCAGAUGUCUCCCAUGA